AUGCGCACCUCCUCCUCCCCGUCAUCUGCGCGAUAUUAUAAGUGCGGCCGGCAGCGUAAAACGUGGUUCAGUCUACAGUAUCUGAACCGGACCGAGGGGGAAGAGGAAGACAGAGAGGGAGCGAUGGAUGACAAAAAGAAAAGGAAGAAGGAUGAAAACGUCAAAAGUGAUGACAAAGUCACGCUGAAGAAGGAAAUCGGACUCCUGAGCGCCUGCGCUAUUAUCAUCGGGAACAUCAUUGGCUCGGGGAUCUUCAUCUCGCCUAAAGGAGUGCUGGAGCAUGCAGGCUCGGUGGGACUGUCGCUCAUCGUCUGGGUUUGCGGAGGAGGGAUCUGCGCUCUUGGGUCGUUGUGCUACGCUGAACUCGGUGUCACAAUCCCAAAGUCUGGAGGAGACUAUUCGUAUGUGACUGAGAUCUUUGGAGGGCUUGUAGGCUUCCUGUUGUUAUGGAGUGCUGUUCUCAUCAUGUAUCCAACUACGCUGGCGGUCAUUGCCCUCACCUUCUCCAAUUACGUCUUGCAGCCAGCCUUCCAGAACUGCUUGCCUCCGUUCAUCGCCACCAGACUGCUUGCCACCAUCUGUGUCUUGUUCCUGACCUGGGUGAAUUGCUCCAGUGUCCGCUGGGCGACGAGGAUUCAGGAUAUUUUCACUGUAGGAAAACUUCUGGCUCUAGUGCUCAUCAUCGUGGUUGGACUCGUCCAGAUCUUUAGAGGUCACUACGACGCCCUGCGGCCCAGCGUGGCCUUUGAAUUCAGCCAGGACCCAUCAUUUGGACAGAUAGCUCUGGCCUUCCUGCAGGCUUCCUUCGCUUACAGUGGCUGGAACUUCCUUAACUACGUUACGGAGGAAGUCGUGGAACCACGCAAGAACCUGCCUCUUGCCAUCUACAUCUCCAUCCCACUGGUGACCCUGGUGUACACCAUGACCAACAUUGCCUACUUCACCUCCAUGACUCCAGAGGAGUUGCUCGCCUCCAACGCUGUAGCAGUGACGUUUGGGGAAAAGCUGCUGGGCAUAUUUUCCUGGGUGAUGCCCAUCUCAGUGGCGCUGUCCACGUUCGGAGGCAUCAACGGCUAUUUAUUCACCUCCUCCAGAUUGUGUUUCUCUGGAGCCAGAGAGGGUCACCUGCCGUACCUGCUGGCCAUGAUCCAUCUGAAAAACUGCACACCGAUCCCCGCCCUGCUUGUCUGUUGUAUCGCCACGGUACUCAUCUUGUGUAUCGGAGAGACGCACAACCUGAUCAACUACGUGUCCUUCAUCAACUUCCUGUCCUAUGGGGUGACCAUUGCUGGCCUGCUCUACCUGCGCAAGAAGAGGCCCAACCUGGCCAGACCCAUUAAGGUGAACCUGUUGGUUCCCAUCACCUACCUGAUUUUCUGGGCCCUGUUGCUGUUCUGCAGUCUGUACUCUGAGCCGGUGGUGUGCGGCCUGGGGAUGGUCAUCAUGCUGACCGGCGUCCCAGUUUACUUUGUGGGAGUUCAUUGGAAAGAAAAGCCCAAGUGGAUUUAUAUACUGCUGGAAAGAGUGACAUACAUGGGCCAGAAGCUGUGCUACGUCGUGUUUCCACAGGAAGACUCUUCAGAGACGGAACCCCUCACUGCCAAAGCCAUCGACUGAACAGCAACAAUGUUUGUUUUUUUUGUUUUUGUUUUGCAUUCGCGCCUGCACUUUCAGUUUUUCUUGUGUAGGUUUUCCAAUUUUGUGCUCUGUGAGUUGUGAAGAAUCACCGCCAUGUACUUUCUUGUACAUCUUCCCGAAUGCAGGUGGCAUUUAGAAACACUUAAAAGAAAAAAAAAGAAGAGAGAAACUUUUCAGAUGAAUAUGCAAGCAGUUUCUGCACUUAGCCAUAUUUUUAUCUCUACUUCUUUGUCCAGUGCCGUUUCACUAAUUAUUCUUGAUCCUCUCUGCUCAGCUGUAAUUUCUUAAUUUUUUCACAAUACAUCAAUUACUUUAUCCUCUUAUUUGUCAGAAAUAUACUGAGAGAUGCCAUAUGUGCCUUGUCGGUGUUGAUUGUUUUGAAUUGUAUUUUUCUCUCCUAGCAAGAAAACUACAAACUGAGAGAGACGUGAGAAUGGCGAGAAGCUUCAGUUGAACUGGAUAAAUGAAUUGUUUCAUGUCUGAGGUUGGCACCUGACAGGGUCUUCAGGUUUUCCAGAUUUAGCGGUGGACUCUUUAGAGGUGCUCACCCGGCCAAGGUGUUAUCGCUAUAGAAUUUCUUGUUACCGUAUAGUAACACUUGUUACACUUCCUGCUUGCACCAUAGCACAUUAGGGCAUUUAUUGAUAGACAAAACAGGAGAGUGGCAAAUUUCUGGCAAACAUUUUGGAAAUAUAGAGGUUAAUCUCUUAAAUUUUCGAUUAAAGAAAUUAGAAAUUUGAGUUUCAAAAGUCAACAAAACUACAAAUAAAAAUGUAUUUUUCUUGAAUUUUUUUUCAGAGAUUAAUUUAAAAAUUUCCGAGUUUCUUGAAAAUUUUGUCUAUGUACGAUAGCCCUUUCAUGCUGUCGCACUGCUCCCAUUUCACUAACAUUGAUUGUCCCCUUGUGGCCCACAGCUCGUCCAGCCAGUUGACUUUUUAUAAACCUGCCAACUAACUUAAGGUACUGAUGACAUUUUACGCUUGUACAGAUUUUAGUCCUGUUAACGUACUAAAGCUUACUUGAAUUUGUGUCGUCAAAUUUUUGCAUCAUACUGUCACAGGAUAGCGCAGGUGAAGUGUUUGAAGAGAUGGUCUCCUUUCUUCUGGGGGUGAAGUUUUUGUAGAUUUCUCAAACCAACUCUGUAUGAAACGUUCUGCGGUUAUAAGAGACAUUUAGAUUUGUCGCCAAUUUCUCAGCCACAUAAUGUUCUAGAAUCGCUAAAAUUUUCAUCUCAUUAGAUAGCCUCAGGACUUUUCUACAAACUAACUGCGAUGUCGCCGCUUUAUUAUUAUUUUUUGGACGGGAACUUCUGCUGACAAAAACUUCAAAAAACCUCUGCACAAGGAUGUCAAACUAUUCCUUUAAAUUGUUUGGGGACCUGACCGCCAACAUAAUUCUGCAGCAUUACCUUUUUAAAAGAACUGUAACUUACUGAGGAGAUAUUGUUUUGUUUCCUAGAAAGACAACAAUAAGCUUGUGGUGCUUUUUCUAGUAUUCUGGUAACUGGGCAUUUUAAAAAGAGAGACUCCUUAAACCUAAAACAGGUCUGUUUUGCCAUGUUCAGGCAGUAGACGUUGCAGUUUGUAAAUACUGUGUAAAAAAGAAAAAAAAAAGGUGCCAUGGACUCCUGCAAAGACUACAUUCCUCAGAUGUGCCGUGAUGUCUUCACACACUACAUAACGGAUGUGUGUACCCUCGAGUUUGUAAAAAAGAAAAAAAGUGUAAAGUUGUACAAUGAUAACAAUGGAAAGUGUUAUUAAAUAUAGCAGCUUAUUAAAUGCA